AUGGAAACUUAUCCCCCCAUCUCCCCUCAAUCCAAUGUCUUUCGACCCCGCCGAUCGGACGACUGGCAUGAAUACCGCGAAAUCAUCGAACAGCUCUACCGCAACGACCAGUUGAAACUCCGCGAUGUCAAGCGCAUCAUGGAACGAGAUUAUAAGUUCUUUGCAUCAGAGAAACAAUACAAAGAUCGACUGGCCGCAUGGCAUGUCCGAAAGAAUAUCAAGGCCAAAGAGGUCCAUCUUAUGCUUCGCAAGCAACAGAAGCGUGCAGCCCAGGGCAAACAGACAGCCUUCCGGGUAAACGGGCAGAACGUCGACCCAAAGCGUAUCGCCCGCUUCGUCCGUCGUUAUGGCACCUCAUGGGAUACGAAACCAGGCAAGGAACCAGAGACCGAGCCCCAAAGUCCUGAGCCUCAAACACCCUCCGAUAUGACCUGCUACACCCCCGAACCAGCGGACGAACAAAGCGUCACAACACCCAUCUCCCCAAUCCCGGACAUGCAUUCCCCGCGAGAAAUGCCCCCCUUCCCCCUCGGCUCAUACGGUAAAUCCCCGGUUCUCCCGGCGGUCCGUACACAUGAUAUUGAUGCAAGAUAUCCCACUCUAGACCCAAACCACCUCGAAAACCUCCCCGACUUGGAACUAGAUGAAAGCCCCAUGCCGAUGACCAUGCAUUCAACUCAUUCAACUCAGCCCCGCCAUCUCCACUCUUACCACCACUCAAUAGGAAACCAUCUCGCCCAUGCCCAUUCCCAGCCGAAUCAUCACGUUGCUGCCCACGGCCACCGUCAUGGCCAUGGGGUGCAUGCUCAGCCUGGGCCUGCGCCGAGGGAUUUAGAGGAUGCGCCUGGUGAAGAAGAUACGCAUCCGCCGGACUGGAAUACGGUUGAGUCGUUCCAAACGAGAUUGCAGGGGUUGGAUUAUACGCUUACGCACACGAUGUCGAAGUGGGCUAGGGAUGAUCAUCCUAAUUCGGAAGUUCCUCAUCAUGAGGGAUUGGGGAUGUGA